AAAAACAAGGAUCUAUUUUCUCUUUUUUUGCUCCCGUAGGCUCUCAUUGUGCUUCUUGCCCAUUUCCAUUCUCUGAGGCCCCCAAUUCCCUUCUCUCUUUUUUUACACAUUUUAGAAGCCCCUUCUCAUUGGAGACAAAAUGGCCAAUGCAGCUUCUGGAAUGGCUGUACACGAUGACUGCAAGCUGAGGUUCUUGGAGCUCAAAGCAAAAAGGAGCUAUCGCUUUAUUCUGUACAAGAUUGAGCAACAACAAAUUGUGAUUGAUAAGCUCGGGGAACCUAAUGAGAGUUAUGAGGAUUUCACCGCCAGUUUUCCUGCUGAUGAGUGUCGCUAUGCUGUCUAUGACUUCGAUUUCACUACUGAAGAAAACUGCCAGAAAAGCAAGAUUUUCUUCAUUGCUUGGUCACCGGAUACAUCAAAGGUGAGGAUGAAGAUGGUGUAUGCUAGUUCCAAGGACAGAUUCAAGAGAGAAUUGGACGGCAUUUCAUUUGAAUUGCAAGCAACAGAUCCAAGUGAGAUGAGCUUGGACAUAGUGAAAGGGCGAGCCUGCUAAAGCGACCCCCCUUUCGCUCUCUAUCUCUUCCAAAUCUUUUUCAUGCUUUCCCUCUUUGGGGGCCACCAACAUUUUAUAGCCAUUAUUUAUAACUUGGAUUUUUUUUUUUUUAAAAACACAUUCCAUUCCAAAACCAAGUGAAUCUGUGAAUGGACUACGUACUCUUCUGUAUAACCUCAAAGCCUUACUCGAAAAAGAAAAAAAAUAUGAUUUUUUGGGAUUAAAAAAGCAAAGGGAUUGAACUCUAAAAAAAUGAAUUGCCUGCAGCAGAAGCAUUAGUUGAUGCUGAAAUGUUGCUGCUGCUGCUGCUGCUUUUGCUUUAGAAUUGGUUGAAUAGGGUUUUGCUUUGCUUUCAUUUGUCAAGUGUUGCUCUUAGAAGAUUGUUAUGAUCGUAGCAAAAUGGUCUUUGUUUUAUGCCCCUUGUUUUUUUUUCGCUCGGGGUGAUUGUGUGCAGUU